AUGCCAGGUGCCUCGGCGUCCGCGACGGCGCAGUACGCGGGCAUCGGCGUCUUCGUCGCCGUCUUCCUCUACUUCGUCGUCUACUACAGCCGCUCCUUCAACACGGUCUUCCUAACGCGCCGGCACGGCGCCGACGCCGACGCCGCGGCUGCCGGCACCGGGGACGACGCGGUCACCGUGCUCCCGGGCCCGGUGCAGGCGCUCGGCCUCGGCCCCGACGACGUCGCCGUGCUCCCCACGUUCACGUACCGCUCGCCCUCGCCUGGCCGUGGCGGCGCGAGGUCCCCGCCGGCCGCGGCGGCGGACUGCUGCGCGGUGUGCCUCGACGAGCUCCGCGACGGCGCGCUGGUGCGCAUGCUGCCGUCGUGCAAGCACUACUUCCACGCGGGGUGCGUCGACGUGUGGCUGCUGUCGCACGCGUCGUGCCCGUUGUGCCGGGGGAGCCCGGGGCCGGAGAAACCCGGCUGUGUCACCGUCGCCGCCGACUCGGCCGAGAACGCCGGACGGCCGAAUGUGCAGGACAAGAUCACCUUCUCCGGCCACGUUGGAGCCGCAUGA